AUGGAAAGUGAGGACUGUAUUUUGCGGUUGGCCGAUCGGACGGAUGGUUGCUUCUCACUGGAAGCCAACUUUCGCGUUGCUGCCUCCAGACGUGUUUCACACCACUUUUCACGUAUGCACAUGAUGGCUGAUGUUGUACGUGCAGCGGGUAUCCUAAUUUAUCGUCAUAAAGCUGGUCAAAUUGAAUAUUUAUUAUUGCAGGCAUCUUAUUCUCCAUAUCAUUGGUCUCCACCAAAAGUUAUCCAGUUUGAAUUCAAUUUUAGGACAUUGUUGGAAGUUGUAGAUUUAAUUUCUCAUUAUUGGCGUAAGUUAGCCCUAGGUCACGUUGAUUCUAAUGAAGACGAAUGGUCAGCAGCAUUGCGCGAAACUUUUGAAGAAGCUGGAAUAAUGGCUGAUAACUUGGAUGUGCAUAUGGACUUUAUGGAAAUUCUGGAGUACGUAGUGAAAAAAAAUAACCGUUAUGAAGGAGAGAAAACAGUCAAGUAUUGGUUGGCAAAAUUGAAGGACGAUAAAGAAAUUAAAUUAUCAGAUGAGCAUAAAGAUGGGAGAUGGUUAUCGGCCGAUGAAGCUAUUGUGCUGGUACAAUACAAAGAAAUGCAGGAUUUGAUUCGAAAAGCCCAGGAAUACUUAGUUCAUAAAAAAUAG